AUGAUUUCAAAAACAAGAACCUCUAUCAUUAAUGUUGUUAUUAUCAUAGUAAUUUUAUAUAAAGCAAAUGUUGUAUUAUCAUAUGACAAUAGUCUAAUUCCUGCUGAUAGAUCCCAAGUAGAUUCAUGGUUUAAUAAGAAUGUGGGUCCAUUAAAACAAAGAAAAAGUACCCUUGAACGAUUAGUGGAUGCAGAGCCUGGUGCUAAGGUUAUUAAAGUAAUGAAAGAUGGUAGUGGUCAAUUCAAAACCAUCACCGAUGCCAUCAAUAGCAUACCUACUGGAAACAACAAACGUGUAAUUCUUAAGAUAGGUCCUGGAAAUUAUAAGGAGAAAAUAACAAUUGACAGGUCUAAACCUUUUAUUACAUUGUUAGGUACACCAAAAAAUAUGCCUAAUUUAACUUUUGAUGGUACUGCAAAACAAUAUGGCACAGUUGAUAGUGCAACAUUGAUUGUUCCUAAUAUGAGUUCUUUUGUUUCUUGA